AUGGACGACCCGAGUCCUAGCCGAGUGAAGCAGCUCGCGUCUCGAUUCGAGCCGCAGCUGUCUAAGGUGCAGCGUAUCGCCUCCAUGUUCGAAUGCGAGCCGCCGUCGCCGUCCACGGCAAUCUCCCUAUCACGCCGCGUCGGCGGCAACAGCACCGCCAAAAUUCAGUACAAGCGAGUCCAAUCUGACCGUCCAAGUCCAACCGGCGAUUCCCAGCAGUCCGUUAGACGACAGUCAAUUCCCUCCCCGAGAACAGUCGAAACUCCUGCCUUGCAAUACGACCCUGCCGAGGAAUCCUUCGGCGGUGGAGAGCAGUUGACGGAGGAGCAGUUGGCGGAGGAGGGGUUGGACGGGAUGAGCAUGGAGGAGAUGGAAGCGCUUUGCGAGAUCAUGGCGCUCGAGGAGUCGCGCGCCCGCGCCGAGCGCAUGGAAGCGCUGGGCUACGAGGUGGCGGGCGGGGAGGGGCGCGAGGAGUACCGCAAGGAGGGGGAUGGUGGGGAGGGCGGAUGGUGGCAGGUGGGGUACAGCGACGGGCGCGCGGGUGGAGAGGGGAGCGGUGGUGGGGAAGCGGAAGGCGGGGGAACAGGAGGUGUGGAAGGGGUUGCAGUGGUUAUUGGGGAUGACGAAGAGGGUGACAGUAAGGAUGGGGGCUCGGUGGGCUCCUUGAUUCGAUCCAUCGAGGGACUCCCCAAGCAGAGCAAACAGCAACCUCAGCCCAUCUCUCCAGAAAAAACGCCAGGCAAAUCGCGCAAGUCGUCGGGCGGAAAGAAGAGCAGGGAGAAGCGGAGAGGCGAGCCAGGGGGUGCGGACACCGUCGCGGGAGCGAUUGAGCGGUUCAGCGGCAGCGGAAAAGACCCUGAGCGGGUUUCAACGUCCCGAAUGACGCUUUCCACGUCAGAACCGUCGCUCGCUCGCGCUGCUGCUGGCGCGACCGCGGGGAAUCGGCGCUAUGGCCUGGCAAAUGGCGGCCCUCUGGAAGACAGGGCGGUGGGAAUGGCGGGUGGUGGAGCAGGGAGGAGCUCUGCGGGACUGAGUGGGGAGUUUCCUCUUGAGCUCUCGUCCAGUCCCUCUGUCUCUGUUGUCGAUGCUGAGCUGUCAAGGAAGAAGACUGAGGUGGCACGAUAUGAAACUGAGCUGGCACGGCGCCGUGCUGAGCUGAACCGACUCAGAGUUGAGCUGGCGAGUGUGAGCGUGGAGAAGGUGCAAGCGGAAAUCGCCCUGACUCGGCUAAAACAAGAAGUAGAGGACUGGUCGUAUGUCCCCGCGGAAGGGACAGGACAGGGAGGAAACGAAGCGGAUGAGGCAGGGGAAACAGGCGAAAACGGGGCGUCGGAUUUAAAGAAAGAUGGGGACGGAGGAAGAAGCGAGGAGUCUUCCUCUUCUGCCCAGUUGAAGGCGCAACUGGGGAAGGUGAGGCUAGAGAAUGAGCGGCUGAAGCGGCGAGAGAAGAGCCUCACUGCUGACGUGGAAUACAUCGAAACCAUGCUGGCGCAGGAGAAGGGCGAGUCAGCAGCGCUGCGGCGUGAGCUGGCGGAGGUCAAACAGCAGCGAAAAGAUCUCGACAAGGAGCUCUCAGCUGCCCAGAAAGAACUCUCCUCCCUCAGACGAUCAGCAGCAGUGGCAGAACGGCGGGCAGCAGCAGAGGAAGCAGACGCAGCGCUGCUGCGGCAGCAGCUGCAGAAGGCACAGGCAGCAGAGAUGGGGCUGCUGGAGCAGCUGCAGUUGGCGACGAAGGAGGCGAUGGGGCUGCGGAAGACGCUGGUGUGGAGCAAGGAGACGCGCGAGGACGCGGAGGAGUGGGAGCGCGGGCUGCAGGGCACGCUGGCUGAGCAGGUGCAGCGGAAUGGCGAGCUGGAGGUGAAGGGCGGCGAGAUGAUGACGCGGCUGCUGGUGCUGGAGAAGGAGCUCGCUGAGGAGCAGCAGCGCCGCAGUGCUGCUGAAUUCCAGGCACGGGAUGCAGUGGCAGCAAAGGAGUUGCUGGAGGAAGAGGUGAUGCUGCUGAGGCACACCAGAGGGGUGAUCAAAGAUGCGAUGUUGCAAGGGGGGGCCGAUGGUGAGGAAAGAAGGGCAAGCAGCAGAGCAGAGGACAUGGUACCAAGUGGUGGGAGUGCUAAGGUGGUGUCUUCUGACGGGCUCAAGAUGGAGGUGCCUGCUCGAGUGUGGGACAUUCUGGACCAGGUGGAGGAGACCAAGGCGAGGGGUAUGGCAGAGCGGGACGAGCUGACGCGCCUGCACUGGUUGACGGCCUGUGUGCGUGGCGAGCUGCACAAGGCCAGAUUCGCUGCUAUCCAAGCCGCUGCCUCCACCAACCCCACUGCCACCACCACCAAUGCCACCACCACCAUGGGCGCCGCUUCUGCCAGCUCCUCUCCUGCUCCUUCUCUGGUCCCUGCUGCAGGCCUCGCCAAGCCACUGGGCAAGGCUGUCUCCAAGAAGCUCUCCCUUGUGCUUGACUUGGAUCAGCAUGCUGCUGCUGCAGCACCAGCAGACCCUGCAGCUGACAGUGCUGCUUCAGCAGCCUCAGGCACGAGUGUGUCCGGCACCACGUUUUCCACCACGGCCAGCACGCCCCGCACGCCCCCCCACUCCACCAUCGCCGCCAGUGCUUCUGCCUCCGCCUCAGCUGGCAGCAAGUUUGUACGCUGGUUCUCCCACCGCUCCUCCGACAGACCAGCAUAUAGCAGCGCCGCCACCAGCGCUGCUGCAUGGCCUGCUGGCUCCAUGGCUGCUUCAGCUGCAGUGGUAGCAGAAGAGGGAAGUGCCUCCCCUCAGGCACCUGAUCCAGUGCCUCGAGUGGCCACAGACGAGUCCGCGCCCAGCACUGCACUGCCCUCACUCCUGCCUGCCCAAUCAGCUCCUUCCACUCCUGCUCCUGCUCCUGCUGCCUCUGCUGCCACUGCUGCUACCACACCAUCUGGCAGCACUCCGCAACCCACCAAUGUGCGCUUCCCCCCUCGAUCUCACCUCGCAAUCCCAACCGCCCUUCCCCAACCGCUCCGCGUGCGCAGCUGGGUUCGCACGUCCGCCAUCCCCAACUACAAGCCGCCCUACGCCAGCGGGUGCGCGGCGGGCUUCUCAUGUGACACUGUCGGGCGGAACCCGGCCGGAUACGUGUGGGUCCCGGCGCCGCCUUGCUCGUACGACCGAUGGAGAUUCAACCCCAAGACGUUUCUCGAGACCAUGCGGAACAAGAUCGUUGCGUUUGUGGGUGAUUCGCUAAGCGACAACCUGCACGCGUCCGUCCACUGCAUCCUCUCCGCAUACACAAAAAUUGAGUUCAAGAAGUCGUGGCUAGGCGGCGCGAGGCCAGUGGGGUCGCUGCACGCGGCGCAGUACAACUUCACGCUGCUCUCCAUCAACAGCGGCUACAUCGUGCAGAGCCCGCGAUACUACAAGGAUCAGACGCAGCCAUACGUGGUGAACCCCAAGUGGGCGGGCAUUCUGCGCUACACGCACUCUAUCAUUUUCAGCGCCGGCCACUGGUUCUUCCACCCGGUAUGCCCCAUGCUCUCUGGUUCUUCCACCCGGUAUGCCCCGUGCUCUCUACUUUUCCACCCGGAGAAAUACGAGACGAGACUGUGGUGGCUUGUUCCUCGUUUUUCCGCCACUACUGCCGCUGCAGUAGCAAUGGCGCGCAAAGAACGGGCGAGUGCGUCCACGGCGUUAGUGGACGUGGCGUGGAUGGCGGGCGUGGCGACGUGCAUCAAGGUACUGCUGGUGCCGGCGUAUCGCAGCACGGACUUCGAGGUGCACCGCAACUGGCUGGCCAUCACGCACUCGCUGCCGCUCUCGCAGUGGUACGAGGACGCGACGAGCCAGUGGACGCUGGACUACCCGCCGCUCUUCGCCUUCUUCGAGCGCUGCCUCGCGCUGCUCGCGUGCCGCGUCGACCCGCUCAUGACCCACCUCGUUAACGGCCUCGAACACGCCAGCUACGCCACCGUGCUGUUCCAGCGCGUAUCAGUGAUGGGCACGGACUGCCUGCUCGCCGUGGCAGCGUGGCGCUGCACGCUCGGCCUGCCCUCUCGGGCGCACCGCAACGUGGCAGCGGGGGCGGUGGUGCUGUCAGCAGGGCUGCUGCUGGUGGAUCACAUGCACUUCCAGUACAACGGCAUGCUGCUUGCAAUGCUGCUACUCUCCCUCGCCCUCCUCGCUGACGGGAGGCACGUGUGGGCGUCACUCACCUUUGCGUCUCUCUGCUGCUUCAAGCACCUCUUUGCCGUCGCUGGUCCCUUCUUCCUCGUCUUCCUCCUCCGCCACCACUGCUUCCCUUCACCCCCCGCCGCCGCUGCACCGCACACCACCACACACAACAGCUCCAAACCGCCCAGACGCAUUUCCCCUGGUGCGAAACAGCAAUCCACUUCAGCCUCGGCGCCAGGCAGCUCCAUCCCCCUCCUCACCUCGCUCGCCCGUAUAGUCACACUGGGAGCAGUGGUCGUCACAGUGCUGCUUGUUUCCUUCGCCCCCUUUGUAGUCACAAACCAGAUGCCCAACCUGAUCGCCCGUCUGUUCCCCUUCGGCCGCGGCCUCAUGCACGCCUACUGGGCGCCCAACUUCUGGGCUCUCUACACUCUCGCGGACAAGCUCCUCGCUGCUGCAGCUUCGGCAGCAGGCUCGUUAAUAGGGUCGGCAGGAGGUCCGGCGUUGGGAAUGAAGGGCGGCUGGACCCGGGGGUUGGUGGGGGAUGCAGUUGGGUUCAGCGUGGUGCCACAGGUGACGCCGCUGGUGUCUCUACUGCUGGUGCUGGGUGCUAUGGCGCCCGUGCUGCUGCAUAUAUGGCUCCGACCCUCCGCCUACAUCUGUGGUGCUGCCAGUGACGCUGCUGACAGGGAUCGUGCAGACAGGAAUGUUGGUGAGAGGGAUGGUGGCGAAAAGGGCGGGAGAGAGGGUAGGGGGAGUGAGCCCUAUGACACGCCCACAGGGGAGCGGCGGCGGUGGAGCAUACAGGCCAUAGCAGCAGCGCUGGCGCAUGUGUUUCUGAGUGCGUUCUUACUGGGAUGGCACGUGCAUGAGAAGGCAGUGUUGCAUUUCCUGCUGCCGCUCUCCCUCCUCGCCUCCGCCUCGCCUGCAUGGGCGUCUGAGUUCCUCAUUCUCGCCACCGGUGAGUGCAUGCUGCUAGCCCUUCUAUCACUCUCUCAACUUUGA